AUGAAUGAGCCUACAAAUUACGACCCGAAAGGUCUGGCUCAAAUAUGUGCUUCGUUCGACGAAGGUGGUGGGGUUGCACUAGGAGACGCGUUCGUUAUCUACUCUAUUGUCGCGUCUUCUCCAGAUUGGAGCACCACAGCAUUCAAAUCCGGGCUUCAGGCAGAACUCAUAUCAGCAGCUUCUGCCGUUGGAAACGCGAUUCCUGUGCUAGUCACUACGGAAAAGGUGUUCACCGUGGACCUCGUUUCGUUGCCAUGUUUAGAGCAUCCACCUUUCAACUCUGCACGAGAGACAUCACCUCGCGACAGUCUUCCUUGGUUCCUUAUCAAUGCAUCGAAAUUCCCUAAGCACCAGAUUGUCGGCCGCGAAACUCUUGUUGAGUCCUUACUCGUGAUUCUCCAACGACCGUGGUGUGUCCUUGAACUAUGUUGCUGUAAUAGUCCGGCCAUAUCGGCCAUCCACCAGUUCGCUACCAUUGCGGCGAAGAUCAUACCUGAAAUCUACAAUAAUGCCUUGGUAUUGUUACAUCAAGAGCUGAGAAGAAGAACAGUACCCUCUCUUGGUGAUCUAAAACACCUCAAGUUGUCCUUUGCCAAACUUGAUACAACAUGGUUUACUAUCAAGGAAGUGUAUACCAACUUGUCUUCUAGUCGGCUUCGCUCGCAUAACUCGUUCUGGUUGCGACUGAUUUCUACCUGCGCUCUAUACCUUGAUAUAAGCUGUUCAGAUUUGGUUCGCAUUUUGUCGUACACGACUUCUAGAGGUGUUCAUUUCUCGGAGCAAAAGCACGCAGCGCACAAAGAACAUUAUUCAAGUAUUGAACGGAUGUCGCUUGGCUCUCACAGUUCAGUAACAAUAUCGACAUUCAAACCGGUGCUCCUGAAAAGGAGUACCUUGAGUCUUAAGGAUCAAGAAAAAUGUUUGACACUACACGAUUUGGAACUUUGGAGCUGCGAGCUGCAAUUCCUGCUUCUAACAUACCAACAAGUUUUGCAUAUUAUUUCUGAAUCUUUGUCUUGA